CAGCCUAUUUUCCGCUUUGAGGCAAACCUUGACCUGACCCUGCGGGCCUCUCAGGAGGCGCUGGCCUUGAGCCGCCGCCAGAGGGGGGCCUCUGCCUCUGCCACUGCCCUGGUGGUGGUUAAGACCCCUGAGCUGGUGCGCUCUGAGGCAAGAGACAGGGUGGUGCAGAAGGGAGGUAACCCCACCGAUCACCAUCAGGCUGUUCCCGCCGAUGGUGGCAGCCAUCGACAGGCGUAGGAUGCUCGAGGGCAGUCCCCAGACCAUGAGGGGCGUGGACGACACGCUGGUGGGGUUCGGUGUUCAUAGUGACCUGACCUACAAGACCCUGUACGAGUCGACGGACCGUGAGCGGGCAAGCUAUGUACAGUUUGUGAGGCAGGCGGCACCCACAGCCAAAGCGUCCAGGUUGGUGGACUUAAAAAAAUAUGUGCAGGCCCGGGAUGCAGAGAAGGCAGCCCUGGCAGCACAACCACCACAACCACCCCUGGACGCUGUUGGUCCCCAGGAUGGACCCUCGGAUGCUGACCUGCUCGCUGCCGCCAUGGAGGUCGACCCGUGCAGGGAUGCCCCAUCAGCCGUGCCCCCCUUCUCUCUCUCCCAGCCACCGGAACGUCCCCUUCAGGACAACACCUGUGGGGAGAGGUCAGGCCCCGGCGCACAGCUGCUACCACGUGGCUGGAGGCUGACGCUCCCCGAAGAGCAGCACGACUGGGUGGGCCGGGCACUGUUCAGGAGGGCACCCAACGGGCAGGGUGUCCUCACAUCUGAACUCCGCCUGUGGUGGCACCCACCAAGGUGCCCGGCCCCUCUACACCCAGCCACCCGCCACAGCCCACCCCUUUUUCCAGAGUCCCUUUUUCCUGUGGGUGCCCUACAGGAUGUGGGCGUACCACCUCCGCUGCCCCAUCGUCGCCUGUGGGGGCAAGCUUGCGGGAGCUGGCCUCUACAAGACGGUGAGGAGGGUCUUGGACAGGAGCUGCUGGUACUUCAUGGGCACGGAGUACCUGGAAUGCAGCUCCUGUCACAAGAAGAUGCCGGGAUGGUCGCAGGACAUCUUGGGACAGCUGGACAUGGCCCAUCGUGAGCAGUGUCCAGCAGUUCUCACGUACAAGUUGUCCUGCGACAGAGCUGUGAUCGGGCUCAUGAAGGAGCGCACUUUGGGCAA